CAAAAUGUCUAGCUUAAUUUUAGGAAGAAAGAGUAUUGGAAGCAGGUCAAACAAAUCUGGCUCAUCAAAAAGAAGUAUGAAGAUCAGCAGUAGAUUUUUGAAGCCGACAAUAUCAAGUGUUCUGAAAAGAAAAGAGUUAGGGAUGAUAAAUGAGAGCGAUAAAAAUGAGAACUUAACGGAAAAUAAUCCUAAGAUUUUAAAACCUCAGAAGAGAGAUAGUCUAAGAGCGAAAAUAUAAAUAAAAGUUCAUUAAAGUCAGCAUCAAUACUGAGGAAUAAACAUUUCAGCCCUACUGUUAAUCCAAAAAUUCAAAAGGCUCCAAGAAGGAUCAAUAAACCAAGGAAGCCAAGUAUUGUUAAUAAUAAGGAAAAUAAAUUGGCAACUUCUAUUUCAAAGGGUGAAAGCUUGAAAAGGCCAAGGCAGCAAUCUAAGAUAGAGGGGCUUGAUUCUAUUGAAGAAAUUGACUUCAAAUUCCUUAUCCCAGAGACUUUUGCAAAGAAAAGGGAUAAAAAGUGUGUUGAAAAGGUUAAGGAAUCAAAGAAGAUUGAAGAAUUGUCCAGUAAAGAACUGUGAGAUAUAACCAAUUCAAAUUAUUAUGCUAUUCAAAAUUCUAUACAGCCGAGAUGUGUCAUUGGGAAAACAUCUGCAGCGAGGAGUAGUAUAAGUCUUCUUCUGAGUGAUCCAGGAAGUGAGGAAUCAACUCCUAUUACCACACCUUAUAAAAUGAUGAUUGACAAUAAAGAAAAUAGCAAGGAUGGAACUCAGAAUAUUGAAGAUCUUACCAAUAAAAUAAAAAAACUUGAAGAAAAUGACAUAUACUCCAAGAAUAUGGCACUGGAAGAUGAGUAUUCUGGUAACAAUGAAUUAUUAGAAGGUAUUUCUCAGAUUGGUGGAAGUGAACUCCUAAAGAAAAAUCUUGAAGAUCAAGAAAUGUCCCUAGUCAGAAUAGAUAAGCAACAGAAUGAAGAACAACAAAAUGAAUGAGUAGAAAAGGAAGAUAUUAUCAAAGAAGGCUUAAGUAAAGAACAAGAUCAAGUUAAUGAAAUAGCUGAAACAGCUGAAAUAAAAGAACCUGAAGCAAUGAUUGGACAAGGUUUUAAAAUAUAGAGAAAGAUGCAAAUUAUUCAGCUAGAUUUCAAAAUAAAAGUGAAGAUUACGGAUCAUUGACUGCUAGUUUACUACAAACUACGAAUAAUGAUGAUAAAAUUGAAAGAAACAAAAAAUCUUCUGACCAAGCUGAAAAUUCAUUAAAAACUGAUCAAGGAUCUAAGCUUUCUCUCUGAAUUAGAUCAAAGAGAUCAAGAAAUAAACAAAAGAGAAGAAGACGCUCUAAUAGAACCAAGACUACCUACGAUCAUAUUGAAAUCUAUAAACAAGAUUGAUGGGACGAGGAAUGGUUUAAGAACAAUGAGGUAUGGACUAGAUCCAGGAAAAGAAGACACCUAGCUCAAAACUAAUUCAUAGCAA